AUGGUUCGAAACGAUCCUCGGUAUCCCUUCCAACGUCGAAAUAUUGUCGAUAGAGUCUCGUCUUCAUAUGCAAUCAAAUCGCGGCUUAUCGGCGCCGUUCAUGGAUACAUAAGUGCAAGAACGGAGCAGCCAGCCUCGCUAUUAGUCUUGUCAUUUAGAUUUCUACCUUACAAGAGAAAUGUUCGAAUAAAAUCAGUAAACAUCACUGUCGAAUUCGAAGGUGAUGAUGACGAUCCCGCUGUCGCCGCAAUCGCGCCAGAUGAUAAGGUCAAUGUCUUCGAGAAUAUCACUGAGGAAACAACAAGGAAUGGAAUAGGCAUUAAUACCGGAAAUGCUGGAAUAGGGCUUAAUGCUGAAUUGGGCUUGAAUUGGGAGAGAACAAUCGUAGCGCAGGGAAGCUCUGCUGUCGUUCUCCCUGGCUACAAAUCUGUGAAAAGCAAAUCUGUUGGUGAGCCCAAUGUUGUGAACUGGAACAUUGUGGAAGAUCCCAUCGUCAAAGCAGGCGUCCCGCCAUAUCUGCAAACAGCCAUUCUGCUUGAGCGAAGCACCGACAAGAUCUUCAAAGCCAACAUCAAUGUCAAGGCUGAUCUUUCUGGGUUUUCAUUUCGGAAUCUACAAGAUGGUAUUUUGGAGAGUGAAGAUGACCCUGUGAUAUUUGAUCCUAGUGCAUAUCCUCUUAUGCCCAGCGAGCUAAGAGACGUGGAUAUACAUAGCCUUGGAUCGAUUGAUCUCUCUCAGCUUUAUCGAGUACGGAACGUUAUCGACAACGAAGACAUCACCAGACGUGGAACUAUCCGACAGGCUGUCAGAGACAUUUUCUCAAAGGACGAAACAUUGGACGAAAAGGUGGACGAAAAGAGCGAAUCAUGGUUCAUUGAUCUCUGGGAUAACAAUACUGCUGUCGAUGCACGGAAUGUAUUGCCUAAGAAACUGGAUCGAGAUCACUUAGCGGAGUACUUUUCCUGGAUAUCGGAGACACCUAAUACCGAGACCCCAGCACCAAUCACACAAGCGGAACGAGAAGGACAACCCGCCCAGCGACAACAACGACACGCUCAAUUCUGUAACUUGAUUUUUAGCAAGUUGGAAAGCCUUCUCAACGAACCCUCUGUCGCAUUACUUUCUGACUUCUUUGACCUCCCGGAUGACUUUGAGAUCUCUAGAAGGCACGACCGGGGAGGCUGCCAAGUAUUUGACAAUAAAGAAGGCGACAAAGACUUCAAGCUGUACAUCAUUCAGACACCAUUCUACAGUACAGGUUUCUGGUCUUUACUUCUCUACUCCAUGGCCGACAGCAGUGCAGUAGGGGAGUCUAGCAAGCUAUCCGGUGUCAUUCAAGCAGAUGUAGGCGUUGAUCUGAGAAACAUCUUCCAUGACGUCCGUAACCUAGUGGACAGGCAUGGCCAUCAUCAGACACUAUUGCCAGUGCAGCUAUUCAAGUCACACUACGAAGCUACCCUGGCCGCGUUCAAUUCUAUUCAAACAGACGUGGCUAUAGUUGACGACGAGCUUCUAAAGCAGUUUAAGGAUGAAAGCAAGAUGGAUGAUGCCAGCAAGCUGUACCGGCACUUAAGUAUGACGUUGCACAUGUGUAGUAUGAACCUUGCUGAACUUGGUCGACGAAGAGAGUUUGAGGAAGAGUUUGGUAGCAAACUACAGAAGGAUUUAGAGAGCGAUAGCAAGCUCAAGGUCGUGGUGGAGAUAUACUCGAGAAUGUCCAAGAGCAGGGACUCGGAUAUAGAGAGUCUACCUGGAAAGAUUGAGAGUCAACGCAAUGUCCUAUUCAACUUGAUUACACAACACGACAGUAGUCUACAAGCUCGCCUGGCAAGAGAAUCUCUCCGAGACUCCAAGGCGAUGAAGACUCUCUCUAUCCUGACAAUUCUUUUCCUACCUGGAGCUUUCAUUGCGACUGUCUUCUCUACUGAGAUGUUCGACUUCAAAUCCAAGGACCAGCAAGUAAGAAUUUACUUUGCAAUUACAAUCCCUCUUACCGCCGUUUUAAUGAUCUGCUGGGUACUUUGGUUGAAGAACACACCUGAAAGGGAUGAUGUGGAAUCUGUGCGCCCAUAUCGGCCAUUCAUACCUAUGAACUGGACCAAGGGGGGCAAAGAAGACUGA